GAAUUGUGAAUGAGAUAUGGAGGGAAUCCUUUGAGUGCCGGUGAGGAGCGGGCGUCGGGCGCACGAGACUGACAAUUUUUUAACAAGAGACUGCUCGCAGUAUCCACCAAGAUGAUCAACUGGGGCGGCGUGGUGUCCAUCGUGCUGUUCUACGUGCUGAUCCUGGCCGUGGGCAUCUGGGCCGGGAGGAAGAAGCCGCCAGGGAAUGACUCCGAGGAGGAGGUCAUGCUGGCUGGACGCUCCAUCGGGCUGUUUGUGGGCAUCUUCACUAUGACAGCAACAUGGGUGGGCGGCGGCUACAUCAACGGCACGGCGGAGGCCAUCUACACCCAGGGCCUGGUCUGGUGCCAGGCGCCGUUCGGAUACGCGUUGUCGCUUGUCUUUGGUGGUAUAUUCUUCGCGAACCCCAUGCGCAGACAGGGUUACGUGACCAUGCUGGACCCUCUGCAGGACUCCUUCGGCAGCCGCAUGGGGGGCCUGCUCUUCUUACCAGCCCUGUGCGGAGAAGUGUUCUGGGCAGCGGGGAUAUUGGCGGCCCUGGGCGCGACCCUAGCCGUGAUCAUCGACAUGGACCACCGGACAUCCGUCAUCUUCAGCGCGUGCGUCGCCGUCUUCUACACGCUCUUCGGCGGCCUGUACUCCGUGGCGUAUACCGACGUCAUCCAGCUGUUCUGCAUCUUCAUCGGCCUCUGGAUGUGCAUCCCCUUCGCCUGGGCCAACCCCCAUGUCAAACCCCUGGGCUCCAUGGAGGUGGACUGGAUAGGCGAGGUGGAUCCGGGGUCAUAUUGGUUUUACGCCGAUUAUGGGCUGCUGCUCGUGUUUGGAGGGAUUCCUUGGCAGGUAUACUUCCAACGCGUGCUGAGCAGCAAGACGGCUGGUCGCGCGCAGAUCCUGUCGUACGUGGCCGCCAUCGGCUGCAUAUUCAUGGCCAUCCCGCCCGUCCUCAUCGGAGCCAUCGCCAAAGCCACUGCCUGGAACGAGACAGCAUUCGAAGGGCCCCUGACUCCAAACGGGGAGCUGACCUCCGAUCAGACUUCCAUGAUCCUGCCGCUGGUGCUGCAGCACCUCACGCCAGACAUCGUGUCGUUCUUCGGUCUCGGAGCCGUGUCGGCUGCCGUCAUGUCUUCAGCAGACUCUAGUGUGCUUAGUGCUUCAUCUAUGUUUGCCAGGAAUGUGUACAAGCUGAUCUUCAGACAGAACGCGUCUGAGAUGGAGAUCAUCUGGGUGAUGCGCGGGUCCAUCCUGGUGGUGGGGGUGCUGUCCACCGUCAUGGCGCUCACCAUCCCCUCCAUCUACGGCCUUUGGUCGAUGUGCUCGGACUUAGUGUACGUGAUCCUCUUCCCCCAACUCCUCAUGGUGGUCCACUUCAAGCGGCACUGCAACACGUACGGCUCCCUCGCCGCCUACAUCGUCGCCCUGGUGGUGCGGCUGUCUGGUGGGGAGAAGCUGCUGGGGCUCCCCCCGCUGAUCCACUACCCAGGGUGGGACCCGGAGACGGAGACGCAGAUGUUCCCCUUCAGGACCAUGGCUAUGGUGUUGUCGCUGUUCACUCUGGCCUUCAUCUCCUGGCUUUCCGUGUUCUUAUUCAACAACGGCUACCUGAGUCCCGAGUCAGACUACUUCAACUGCGUCGUGAACAUCCCUGAAGACAUCCGGCGGGUCGACGAGCCCUCCGAGGCAGGGGAGCAGAUGUCUGUCCUGUCCGGCGUUCCGGGCCGGCUGUACGGCGCCGCGUCCACCCUCGUCGGCCCGGACGAGAAGGCCGGCAGGGUCAACCCGGCCCUGGAACCCGACGACGACCUGGACGACCCAAAUGACGGCCCCACCCCCCUCUUCGGCGCCAGCUCGGCCCCCCCGCCGGUCCAGCCGAGGGGUAAACAAACAGCUUUCUGAGAAGCCGAGUACGAGCUCCGCUAAACGCCCGUAUUUUAUAAAUAUUUUACAUUUUACAGCACUGCCAUGUUUAUAUGCUUCGCGGUAGUUAAUUAGAAAUGAUCGUGAAAGAAAUAUUUGGUAGGUCUUUAAAGCAAUAAUGUUGGUUUAUUAAGUGUGCGACCAGCGCGCGACGCCGUUAUUAUCGCGCGAAAAACUAUCGCUGUCCCGUUUCACGUCAUAAUGAAAAACGAAACAGCGAUAGUUUAUAGCUAUUGGCCCCGCAGAUUGACAGAAAAGACCUCAGGAAUAAACAGGGGUAAACGGAGACGUGGUACGGAGAGACAAAUUAUUUUAUUCAUUCGGUCGGAUGGAUAAACAUUUUACGUCUUUGUUUUACUGUACAUUCUGUGUUUUUUUUUGUUCUUUAUAUCAUGAAUACUCGGCAGUAAAAUACGAAUUCGAUUUAAACGAAUAUUGGAACUGCGCCUUAUAAACAUGGCACUGCGACGUUUCGUACAUCGAAAUGACAGUUUGAACUUCAGUAUUUUUCGACUUAGAAUAUUGUGCUCAAACCUUUAUACAUAUCGCCAUAUCUUCCGAUACACAGUUUUGUAUUUUUAUGUGUAAUUAAAGGGCGUUAGCGGACUCUAUUUUGAUGCAAGCAAUAGAUUAUAUUAAAAUACUAUAUUAUAAAGAAUUUAUGUAAAUUUAUUUUGUAGAAAGUCAUAGUUACGUACUAAAUCGUGCUAAAUAAUGCAACUCAUACAUAUCAAAGUGUGACUCUUAGUUAUUG